AUGUUGACACGGUCACUCGUGCCCGCGCUCGUCGUUGGCAUGCUGAUCACCGGCAUCGGCAACUCAUUACUCAACAAGUAUCAAGACAUGCAGUGUGUCGCCAACUGCGACUCGCCAGAUCCCAAACAGCGUCAAGAAUUUCAACAACCCGUCUGGCAGACGCUGCAGAUGUUCCUGGGCGAAUGUCUCUGUCUGCUCCCCGUCCUCUUCCGCAUCAUCUACGCACGCUUCUCUGGCAGCGCGGCACGAGACGCUGCGCUCAAGAAGCCACUGCUGCAAUCCGAGCCUGACUCGGGCAUCAUUGUCGACAGCGAUCCAUCGCCUCGCAACCGCGGUACCUCUGCCAUCUCAACCUACGAAGCUACUCGUGGUCGUGUUCACACUGGCGCCACGCACGCGCCCACCAACCCAACCCUUCCCGCGCCUCCCUUCGAGAUCGCAUCGCGCGCCAUUCAGCCAGGCGAGCUCGACGGAUCUGAAUUCACCGACAUCAACGACAGCAGCUACAUCCAUGCCAUCGACGCCGACGAAGUUGGUGCUGUCAAGGGCAAGACCAUGUCCGGCAAAGCCAUCUUCCUCUUCUUCAUGCCCGCCCUUUGCGACAUCUGCGGAACCACGCUGAUGAACGUCGGUCUCCUCUUCACCCCUGUCAGCAUCUACCAGAUGACGCGAGGUGCGCUGGUGCUCUGGGUUGGUGUGUUCUCGGUAGCCUUCCUCGGCCGCCACCUGCACCUCUUCCAGUGGCUCAGCCUGGUGACUGUCAUGCUGGGUGUUUCGGUCGUUGGUCUGUCAGGAACCGCGUUCAAGCAGCCCGAAGUGUCCGGAUCUGCCGAGGACGGCGACGACGAGCUGGCCGAGUCUGCCCAAGCGCUGCUCGGCGUUCUGCUCAUCCUCUUCGCCCAGCUGUUCACCGCCUCGCAAUUCGUGCUCGAGGAGAAGAUCAUGUCGCGCUACUCGGUCGAGCCCCUCCUUGCUGUCGGCUAUGAGGGCGUAUUCGGCUCCAUCACGGUGCUCCUCAUCAUGCCGCUGCUGCACUACUUUGUUGGCCGCACGCCCGAGGGCCGUGGCGGCUACUUUGACAUGACCGCCGGGUUCUACCAGAUCAUCGGCAUCCCCAUCAUCCUAUGGACUUCGAUCGCCAUCUGCUUCACCAUCGCCUUUUUCAACUUCUUCGGUCUCUCCGUCACCCGCAAUGUUUCCGCAACUGCGAGAAGCACCAUCGACACGUGCAGGACAGUUGGUAUCUGGGGAGUCAGUCUGUAUCUGGGCUGGGAGACGUUCAGGCUGGCAUCGGGCAGUCUGCAGGUGUUGGGCUUCGUCCUGCUGGUGUACGGCACCUUCUUGUUCAAUGGCAUUGUCAAGCCUCCCGCUUGGUGCGACCCAUACCGAGGGAGGAGGGGAUACAGCAGGGUCGCUCAUGACGAUGACGAGACCGACUCCGAGUCGAGGGCUUGA